AUGGAGCGAAUCACUUCUUUUGCCAUGAUCUCCGCGGACGUUGAUUCCCUGCCCAAAUUUUUCCUCCACGUAGGCGCUCCGUGCCACAUGGCAAGUCAUGCAACGGCCACCUUGGGGGGGCUCUCACACUCGUCGUACGUCUGCAGCGGGUUGGGGUUAUCGUUUGAGACGGCAACUGACCAGUUCCGCUACCCCGCAGCGUCAACGGCCCUGGUUUCACGAUUGAAGGUUUAUAAACUGCACACACAGUCUCUCUUUGGCUAUCACCAAUUUCCUCGCACUCUCCUAUCGCCGAAAGAACUAUAUUACUGUGACUGUAUUUACUACGAGGCCAUGGAUAUCAACAUCACUCCACGCCUAUCUAUGUACUGGAGCGCCAGUGGAGGUGGUACACGACGCUGCUACGGCAGUACCCCUGCCUGUCUCCACAACAGACUCACUCGACCGUUUUUCAUCGCUGCGGGAAACCAACACGCCGAGUUGAUUCCGGGCCGUCAGUAUUGGCUCAGUGGCCAAGUCAUCAGCCGUAGUCGAAAUGUCGACACUAUCUUCCUUGUCGAUGCUGCCAGUAUUACGCCUCUGGAUGCUUUCUCGUCUCAACGUCCGAUGCCGUACAGGGAAAUCUCAGUUGAAAGUACUUGCUCCGUAGUACGUCGUCAUAGUGUGAUUCUGGCUGGCACCGACGAAGAGGUUUGGAUAGUCAUAGCGAUGAGCACUGCUUGGGAUGCUUCGUUGAGUCGACUUACGUACUUCAACGUGGCUUACGAGGUUCCUGGUGCAGUCGUUGCCCGAGUGCAAUUAGUCAUGGGUUAUUGUUACAGGAAGAAGUUGUGGGCUGUGACCGUUCGGGAUGCGUCUGUAGUACUGGCUGGUGUCGUCCCUCCACCAGCGCUUCGCCGCACUAGGUCUUCACAUUUUUGA